AUAGAAAAUCUUAAUUUUGCCCUUUUGGCUGCCCAUAUAAUAGGUACGCGAAGCAACAUAGCAACGCGAAGUGCUCGUGUAUUUGUUUACAGGCGAGGGAAUCACAAACAGGGACUCCUCACAGAGCUACGGAAAUUUAUAUGAUAAACAGCUUUAAAUCACAGGAAAACCUUAAUCAAAGGAAAUCAUGAGUUCAAGACAAGUAUUGCAAGUGUUUGAGCAAUAUCAGAAAGCUCGGACCACAUUUGUACAGACAGUUGCAGAGCUUGCAUCAAGACCACAGAAUAUUGAAACUUUACAAAAUGCAGGUGUGAUGUCUCUGCUUCGUCCUCUUCUUCUGGACAUUGUACCCACAAUUCAACAGACAUCGGCUUUGGCGCUGGGUCGGUUGGCAAACUAUAACGAUGACCUAGCAGAAGCCGUAGUAAAGGGAGACAUCCUUCCUCAACUCGUCUAUUCCCUUGCUGAGCAAAAUAGAUUCUACAAGAAGGCAGCUGCAUUUGUUCUUCGGGCCGUAGCCAAGCACUCCCCUCAGCUGGGCCAGUCUGUUGUAGACUGCGGAGCUCUUGAUGCUCUGGUCAUCUGCCUUGAAGAGUUUGAUCCUGGUGUCAAGGAAUCGGCAGCUUGGGCUCUGGGAUACAUCGCCAGGCAUAACGCAGAGCUUGCCCAGUCCGUGGUGGAUGCUGGCGCCGUACCCCUGCUGGUUCUAUGUAUCCAGGAGCCAGAGCUUUCAUUGAAGCGUAUAGCUGCCUCGGCUCUGAGCGAUAUCUGCAAGCAUUCUCCUGAGCUGGCCCAGACCGUUGUUGAUGCCGGAGCCAUCGCUCACCUCGCUCAGAUGAUCCUCAACCCUGAUGCUAAACUCAAGCGUCAAGUAUUCUCCGCUUUGAGUCAGAUAUCCAAACACUCCGUAGACCUGGCCGAGAUGGUGGUCGAAGCCGAGAUCUUCCCUGCCGUCCUAACCUGCCUCAAGGACCAGGACGAGUACGUCCGUAAGAACGUGGCCACGCUGAUCCGCGAGAUCGCCAAGCAUACCCCUGAGUUGUCUACGCUGAUCGUCAACGCAGGGGGCGUGGCUGCUGUGGUAGAUUACGUAGCGGAAUCCAAGGGCAAUGUGAGACUACCUGGUGUCAUGAUGCUGGGCUACGUGGCUGCUCACUCGGAGAACCUAGCAAUGGCUGUUAUUGUCUCUAAGGGUGUAACGCAGCUAGCUAUGACACUUGCAGAGGAACCAGAAGACCACAUACAGGCCGCAGCAGCAUGGGCGCUAGGUCAGAUAGGACGUCACACCCCAGAGCAUGCCAAGGCCGUUGCUCAAGCUAACGUAUUGCCUCGCCUGGUCGAGUGUUACCAGAGAGCCGACGCAUCGGAAGACCUCCAAACAAAGGCCAAGAAGGCUCUCAAGAACAUCCUCCAAAAGUGUGUUCACCUCCCUGCCUUGGAGCCCCUCCUUCACGACGCCCCGCCCAACAUCCUCAAGCACGUGGUCGGCCAGUUCGGCAAGGUACUUCCUCACGACCCCAAGGCACGUCGCCUGUUUGUCACCAGCGGCGGGCUGAAGAAGGUCCAAGAGAUCAAGGCCGAUGCCGGGUCCGUCCUGGAGGAGUACAUCAAUACCAUCAACAACUGCUUCCCGGAGGAGAUCGUCAAAUACUACUCUCCUGGAUAUUCAGAUGCCCUGUUGGACAGGGUCGAUCAAUACCAACCCGUCGGUGAUAAUCAGGUCUACAACUAACUUUCUGGACAUCCAGUCAAAUAUACUUCAAAAGAAUAAAACUCUGUGGAUCGGACGUUGUUGCAUUUUCACAUGCGGGGAGCUUAAAAAUGUUGGGAUGAACUAGGUCUGCAGGAAUAUGCCAUGCAUUUUGCAUACAUGUUCCUCAUGCAUCGCUUUGAUAUGCAAUCCUUAAUCAAAAUUCAAAUAAUUCUGUAUUCAGUCCUUUAUGUAUUUGAAAUAUAUAAGUUAUACCAAGGGUUUUGAGAAACGAGAAUCUACAAGAUAAUUGUGGAUCACUAGUUUUGUAGUUUCAAACAUUGGGAGCUUAUAAUAUAGGGAUGAACUAGGUCUUCAGGGAUGUGCCAUGACUUUGGCAUACAUAUACCUAAUGCAAAGCUGUGAUAUGCGAUCCAUGAAUAAAAUUCAAAGGAUUCUGUAUUCAUUCAAAUAUAGAUAUCUAACUCACACCAAAGGACGCUUAGAAAUAGAAUUCAAUGGGUUAAUCGUGGAUCAGUGGUUUUUGCAUUUAAAAUGACAGGGGCUUGAAAUGUAGGGAUGAAUAAUGACGUUAAGAAUCUGACCAAAACACAUAUAUUUGUAUGCAGAAUUUGUAAUCAUUUAAGAAAGGAUGUAGAGGAGGAGGGGGAUUUACUUGUUUUUUAUUCAUACCAAUUAUAAGCAUAAGCUGUCUAUCCCAUUAUGAAUAAAAUGUAAGAUCAUCAACCCAAGUGUCCACUUUUUGCAAAAUGAAUGGCAUUUAAUAAUUAUUACGGUAUAUUGUGAUAAAUGCAAGUCUUUGCGGCAAUUAUUUAAAUGCAUUUGGCUGGUGUUGUCUGUCCAGUCUCUAAGCUGGAACUGAGAAAAAUGCAUUGAAAUGAUAUUAAGAAUAAAUCCUGUGAACCACUGUUGACAUAUGGCUGGAAUGCCGUGCUUAUUUUGUCAAUUUCUCAAUGAUUACACACUUUCUGCCGGAAUCAUUUGGCACAGAUUUUUUAUUCCAACAUACAAACAGUUUGUGGUCAUUUUAUUGGAUUCUGUUCGUUUUAGAUCGUUACCACAACUGGCAUUUAUCUUUACCCCGAGAUUAACUCUGACCAGGCCCAUUUGUGGAAUGCCUGUUGCAAGCUCAUCCAACAAGUACACAUUUAUUACUAAAUACCACCGAAUAUCGCAAGGUCUUGUUGCUCUUUUAUUUGAAUGGAAUACUAACUGUUAUCAGGGGGUCGUUUCAUAAAGCUGUCAUAAGUUAAGAAUGACUUUAACGACUGGUGAACCUUUCUCACGCGUUAAAUAAUCACCAAUCAACAAUUAGUGGUGAAUAUCAUUUACCUCCAGAAAGAAUCACCAGUAGUUCUAAUAGUUGCUCUUAACUUACGAACAGCUUUAUGAAACACCCACCUGGCUUUGUAAAAAGUGAAAUGAUCUAAUUUCCUUUUAUCAGUUUUCAUUCUAUUUGAAUGAAAUAAAUAUAUUUAUUUUUGAAUUGCAUAUACAUGCACGUAUAUUUAUAUGUUUAUGGAUUGAUGAAUAAUUUUGUCCACAGUAGUACAUUAGAAACCUUAUAGUACUGAAUAUAAUAUAAGUGUUUGCACCAGACACAUAUCAAUGAGUUACAGCUAUGGACUUGUCUGGAAGACAACCAUUGCAAUCACCUGCGUCCAGGGCUAUACGGAAAUGGUUAGAACCAGUUUCAAUGGAAAGAAUGACUCCGUAAGGCUGUGAUGUCUCACUUUUAUACUCUACUCUAUGCACUUCUUUGAGAUUUUACAAUUUCUUCUUUUUACAAAAUAUCAAAUUUUCAGGAUUGAAGUAAUAAUAAUAAUAAACAUUAAUUUGUAUGGCGCAGCUUUUAUAUGAAUAUAUAUUCAGCUGCGCUUGUUCAGAUCUUUUUUUUUGUAAGGAAGGAUCCUGAAUCUUUGAGGAAUUAUAUAUACUGUUUUGAAUGGUGUUGAAAGCUCUUUAAAACUUGCAAAUGUUCAUCCGUCCCAAAGUGAUUCAUACAUUCUUCAAUAUUUUGUACUUAUUUGUAAAUAUUAUAUUUGCUUAUUAUGUUGAUUAUAUCUAUUUGUCAAGUGUUUUGUGAAUAAAAAUCGUUUUUAUGUACUUCA